AAAAAAAAAAUAAAAAACUCGCCAUGGUCGAAUUAGACCCUGAUGUAUUUUCUUACUCUUAUCCCCGAGACCUCGACUAAAAAGAUGAGUUAGAGCGAAAGCGCGCGAGGAGAAAGGGAGGCGAAGCGCAGAUUCAUUGAAUUAUUGGGAUUCCGAAGCUGAAAGAGGAAGAGAUCGAUAGUAGUUAGCAAGCAACGAUGUAUCACCCAUCGAGAGGGGGAGUUCGCGGUGGUCGAGAUCAAUUUAAGUGGGACGAUGUCAAGGUUGAUAAACAUCGAGAGAACUAUCUUGGACAUAGUAUCAAAGCCCCUGUUGGAAGAUGGCAGAAAGGCAAGGACCUUCACUGGUACACCAGGGAUAAGAAGUCCUUGAGUUCAGAAAUGGAGUUGGCUAAAGAGGAGAUAAGAAAGAUAAAAGAAGAGGAAGAGCAGGCAAUGCGGGAGGCUCUUGGUUUAGCUCCUAAGCGUAGCACUCGACCUCAGGGUAAUCGACUAGAUAAGCAUGAAUUUUCAGAGCUUAUAAAGAGAGGAUCUACUGCAGAAGACUUGGGUGCUGGUCAUGCUGAAGCAGCAAGGGUUCAAGGCCUCGGUUAUUCAAGGGCACCUGGUAGCUGGGAAGAAUCGACUUCUCUUCCCCUCGAGCCAAAGGAUGUUUCACCCAUGGGGGAGAAUAAAGCUCUGCCCAGUCCACCCAAUCCAACCACAAGAAGUACUAAAGAAGAAGAACCAGCUUCAGAGGAUGAAAGGAGCCGGAAGAAGAGAAGGCGUGAAGAGAGGAAACAUGAAAAGCGGGAUAAGCAUAGUUCACAUGAUUCAGAUGACAAGAGGAAACACAGAAGGGAAAAGGAGAAGAGGAGGCGUGAUUCUGACUAAUCUGCUCUUGUUCAUCUUCUGCUGUUUGUUAAAAUGCCAAACUAUUUACUGUAUUAUUUAGGGCCUUACUGUAAACUCCAUAUGUUGGCUUUUUAGUGUGGUGGUUUUGUUCUCUAUAUUUUUUCUUUUUGAAAUGGAUCAAGAUGCCUACCAUUUUGCUUA